AAGCCGCUCUCUCUUCUCUUAAGCCUCCUCGUCUCCGUUUAUUUUUAUGGGGGUGGGUGGUGCUUCUUAUAUGCUUACCCUUUUUUUUAUUUUCAUUUUUACAAAUUUCCUUUUUCUUCCUCACUCCUCAAUUCCUAGGGGCUUGAGUGAGCUAAAGAUUGGGUCUUCUUGAAAAUCACCUGUCUGUUAUUAUUUUUAAACAAUCUCUACACCUCCAAAGAUUCUCCUCCUUAUUCCGGUUUGGAAUGUGGCUAAUGAAAACCCAGUAGGAAGGAUUUCUGAGGCAAACAGCUGGACCAGGAUCCUAGUUCUCAGGCACGGAAUGGCUAUUGUGAGAGCACCACCAGCAGGACCAUCACAGAUCUUGGUUAUGGCAGCUCAGGCAAGAAGCUGUUGAGCUAGACCUCUUCCCCAUAGAUGAGAAGCCACAGAAGCAGUGGUAUUUAUGAGCCUCCAUUUCCUAUACUACUGCAGUGAACCAACCUUGGAUGUGAAAAUUGCCUUUUGUCAGGUGUGUGUUCCUUACAGGUAAAACAAGGGGUUCGAUAAACACGUGGAUGUGUCAUCUAUUGCCAAACAUUACAACAUGAGCAAAAGCAAGGUAGACAACCAGUUCUACAGUGUGGAAGUGGGAGACUCAACCUUCACAGUUCUUAAGCGCUACCAGAACCUGAAGCCGAUUGGCUCUGGGGCUCAGGGAAUAGUUUGUGCUGCGUACGACUCUGUCCUCGACAGAAAUGUGGCCAUUAAGAAGCUCAGCAGACCCUUCCAGAACCAAACUCACGCUAAGAGGGCUUACCGGGAGCUGGUCCUCAUGAAGUGUGUGAACCAUAAAAACAUUAUUAGCUUAUUAAAUGUUUUUACACCCCAGAAAACACUGGAGGAGUUCCAAGAUGUAUACUUAGUGAUGGAACUAAUGGACGCCAACUUGUGUCAGGUGAUUCAGAUGGAGUUGGACCAUGAGCGGAUGUCUUACUUGCUGUACCAGAUGCUGUGUGGCAUCAAGCAUCUCCACUCUGCUGGAAUCAUCCACAGGGACUUAAAACCCAGUAACAUUGUAGUCAAGUCUGAUUGCACACUGAAAAUCCUCGACUUCGGACUGGCCAGGACAGCGGGCACAAGCUUCAUGAUGACUCCAUAUGUGGUGACGCGAUAUUACAGAGCCCCUGAGGUCAUCCUGGGCAUGGGCUACAAGGAGAACGUGGAUAUAUGGUCUGUGGGAUGCAUCAUGGGAGAAAUGGUUCGCCACAAAAUCCUCUUUCCUGGAAGGGACUAUAUCGACCAGUGGAACAAAGUCAUCGAGCAGCUAGGAACUCCAUGUCCAGAAUUCAUGAAGAAAUUGCAGCCCACAGUCAGAAACUACGUGGAGAAUCGGCCCAAGUAUGCAGGACUCACCUUCCCUAAGCUCUUUCCAGAUUCCCUCUUCCCAGCGGAUUCCGAGCACAAUAAACUUAAAGCCAGCCAAGCCAGGGAUUUAUUGUCUAAGAUGUUAGUAAUUGACCCAGCGAAGAGGAUAUCUGUGGACGACGCCCUGCAGCAUCCGUACAUCAAUGUUUGGUACGACCCUGCUGAAGUGGAGGCGCCUCCGCCUCAGAUAUAUGAUAAGCAGCUGGAUGAAAGGGAGCAUACCAUUGAAGAAUGGAAAGAACUUAUCUACAAGGAAGUAAUGAGCUCAGAAGAGAAGACUAAGAACGGUGUAGUUAAAGGCCAACCCUCACCUUCAGGUGCAGCAGUGAACAGCAGUGAGAGUCUCCCUCCAUCCUCGUCUGUCAACGACAUCUCCUCCAUGUCCACUGAUCAGACCCUUGCAUCUGACACUGACAGCAGCCUGGAAGCCUCGGCAGGACCGUUGGGUUGUUGCAGGUGACUAGCCGCCUGCCUGCGAAAUCCAGCGUUCUUCAGGAGAUGACGCGAUAGAACACAGCACACAUGCACAUAUACAGCUUGCACACACACACACACAUACACACACACAUGCACAAAUGCACUCACGAAAUGUCAAGAUAAAAUAGCAAGAGAGAGAUCCAACGUAAAAAUAAGUUAAAUCUUUCUGCGUGCUUCUCUAAAGUUCUGUAUCACAGCUGAGCUGAAAUGUAUACUUAACUUCUAGCUGCGCUUGCUUUGGUCUCCCUCCAGCAGUGCUUACUACACAAGACAAGCCAGACACAAUUAGAGAAGCCUUUCCCUAAAGUGUAACUUAAGUGGCUGCAGAGCCAGCCACCUGUAACUGCCCUUCAAAUGGCAUGAGGAGGUGGGCACGGGCCCCACCCAGCAUGUGUGUGUCUCUAUCUCACGUCUACCUGCUCCUUUCGGCCUAGUCAGAUGGAUGUAGUUACAGAUCCGCAUGUGUCUGUAUUCAAACAGCACUUAGAGAUGCUCCUGUCAGUGUCCUCAAGGCUCCACCAAGACAUGCACCAGGGUACCACAUGGUCCAUUUCAUGUGAUCUAUUACUCUGACAUAAAUCCAUCUGUAAUAUAUUGCCAGUAUAUAAGCUGUUUAGUUUGUUAAUUGAUUAAGCUGUAUGUCUUAUAAGAGAAUCUGUAAAGGGGGAAUAUGGAGGAGUGAACUCUCAGACCCUUGAAGAUGUAGCUUCUGAAUUUGAACCGAUUAAAUGGCACCUGUAUACCAA